GUUCUUUCGAAGAAGGGACUUACUUGUAAACUUAUUUCACUAUAACUAAAUCAACUUAUCAGUCCCCAAACAUUCGUGCUCUCUUUCCUCUCCCAAGUCUGAACCCUAAUACACCUUCCCCACUCCGCCGUAAGACCUCGAUUCUCAGAUUUGUCUGAUUUUGCAACAUGACGAGAGUUUAUGUCGGGAAUCUAGACCCUCGUGUCACCGAAAGGGAACUCGAAGAUGAAUUCAGGAUCUUUGGCGUCCUCCGCAAUGUUUGGGUAGCUCGUAGACCACCGGGCUAUGCUUUCCUCGAGUUCGAUGAUGAAAGAGAUGCUCUGGAUGCAAUCAGGGCUUUGGAUGGGAAGAACGGGUGGCGUGUGGAGCUUUCUCACAAAGAUAAGGGAGGUCGUGGAGGUGGUGGCCGUCGUGGUGGUAUUGAGGACUCCAAGUGCUAUGAGUGUGGAGAGCCUGGUCAUUUUGCUAGGGAGUGUCGCCGUGGUCGAGGAGGCUAUGGGAGGCGUAGAAGCCCUAGCCCUCGUCGUAGGAGUCCUGAUUAUGGAUAUGGACGCAGGUGAGUUUUAACUAAAGUUCCAGCGAUGACUCCGAUCGAGAUGAAACAAGAGCAGGUUCGAUUCAAUCCCGAAGGAAGAAGCUACGAGGACGGGACAAAGGCAGGCUUGUUGAUCCAACUUGCCAAACAGGCGAGUUGGACGACUUGAUCGUUCCAACUUGCUCGUUCGGCAAGUUGGACGGUGCGUUCGGUUUGGAUGAUAGGGCCUUAUAGUUGUUUCGUUGUUCGGGAUCGUUUGUCCAAGGCCUGGAGUAACCUUUCUUGAAGAAUUAUCGUGUGAAUCCUUUUCGAAGUUGUUACGAAACUCGAUUUAGGUUCUUCCACUUCUCUUUUCUUUUGAAUUUUUAUUUCUUUCUUUUUUAAAAGAGGACAUUUCUUCGGAAGUUUUUGGCAUUGGUUUUGUCGUUACCGAUUUUGACCCCAACAAUAAAUUUCCUUUCUUUGAAGCUCACAGAGAAUCAAACGUGUCUAUACAUGAAGGACUGAGUCAUAUUUCUUGUUUUAUGGAUGAGUCUGAAUUUGAGUGAAGAGUUGAAGAAGCUGUUGAAAUAAGUGAUGUGUGACAUAGUGCUAGAAGAAGUCACAAGAGUUGUAGCAAAUGAUGUGCAACAACAAAUAAUUGUGUCUGAGGAAGCGACAGAGACUGAAGCAGAGUGUAUGACAUAGCCAGUGCUUGUAAUUUUGACCCAUAAUGAAACAUGAGCACAAUCUGAACAUAGAUUAAAUAUGUGGAGACUGUUGUAUCAGAUACAACGUUAUGACAAGGUAUGAGAAAGAAAUGAGCUUUUUUCAGAUUAUGUGAUUAUGUGGUUAACACAGUGGCUCAUGUUCCUGUCUUUAGCUACUGUGAAUCCAAACGGAAGUUCAGAAUAUGAAAUGGAAGUUCAGAAUAUGAAAUUGAGAAAUUUGUAAAUUAUGAUAGAUUUUAUGAGUCACGUAGAGGGUUGUUGGCUAGUGUAACUGCAGUGACUGUGCCAAAGACAUUUGCUGAAGCAAUAAUAUGUCCAAAAUGGCGAGAAGUAAUGAGAGUUGAGAUCGAGGCUCAUGAGAAGAACAAAAUAUGGUCAACUGAAUUGUUGCCCUAUGGCAAGCAGAUGAUCGAAUGCAAGUGUGUAUUCACAAUAAAGUAUAAUGCAAGAUCGAUUGAAAUGUAUAAGGCUCGACUUGUUACUUGUGGUAAUCAACAAGAAGAAGGAGUUGAUUACAAAUAAAUAGAUUGGUUCUUCAGGUUGCUGCAAGAAAGAACUGGAAACUUCAACAAAUGGAUGAACAUAAUGUGUUUCUUCAUUGAGGUUGUAUUUCAAUUACCAGGAGGUCUUUGAUUGGUUGGUUAGUACAAUCAGAUCUUCUCAUAUAUCUUGGAAGUCAAAGAAGUAGGAUGUAGUGGCUCUUUCGUCAGCCGAAGCAGAAUAUAUAGCUAUGGUUACUGUACUGAAUGACCUGAAGUGGAUUAAGGGUGUGUUAUUGCACACUCGGGGGCUAUGGAUAUUGGUGGUAGUAAAUAUGCUCUUCCACAUUGAAUACUUAAUAGAUUGAAUUGUCAAUCAGACUCUAGUUUAGUAAUGUUACUAAUUUUUAACUCUUUGACUUUUGUCAAAUCUAUAUAUAUAUAAAAAGAUUUUCUCAAUAAUCUAUAAAAAGAAAAUAUAGAUGAUGAUUGGUUCGACUGUGCCUGUAAAAAUUUAGCUGCAACAUUUAGCUGUAAAACUUUAGCCGUAAGUAAGUUGGUUGUAGUUGUAAAGUUGUUAGUGUAGAUUUUUAUGCAGAGAAUUUUGAUGUAGUUAAAGUUGUUGUAGCUGUAAACUAUAUGUUGUAGAUAUUUUAAAAUAAAAUAUGUGAAAUAUAAGAUGUAUAUAUAAAAUAAUUAUUUUUAUUAACUAAAAUAAUUUAUAUUAUAUUUUUUUAUAAAUUAUCAAUGUUUACAGUUAUUUAAAAUGUGACAUGUAUAUAAUAUUUAUGUUAUUUAAAAUAUUUCAAUAAUUUAAAAAAAUACUUAUUAUGAUUAUCUAAUUUAUUUUUAUAUUCUAGAUAUUUUUUUAUUUUACAGAUUAUAAAGCCUAUAAAAGAAAGAUGUAACUUUUUGUCUAAAAUACAUAAGAAAAAAAUUAUCUUUAAACUUUUUUGUUGUAACUUUAAAAGUAAAGCUAAAGCAUGAUUGGUAAAAAUUAAUAAAAACUUAAUGUAGAUUUUAUCUUUUAAAAAUAAAUCUACGACAUGAUUAGUAAAAUUUAGUGUUUUAAAAAUAAAUACAAUUAAAGUGGAGAGACAAAGUCCAACCAAUCAUCCUCAUAUAUACACAUAUGUUAGGUAAAGCAAAAAAAAAACUAGUGAAAAUGAUAAUUAAUGGUUAAUAAUAUUACCUCUUUAAAAUGAUUUGGUUGCACAACAUACUUUAUAUAUAUAUCUUAAAGAUUUUAUUUUGUAUAAUAACAAGAAUAUAAAACCACACUUUUCAAUAGAAGCACAUCACAAGAUUGUUUAAGACAUCAAAACCAUGAAAAUACAGGCAUCCUUGAUACUCAUGUUCAUCCUCUCUUUCUUUGCUUUACAUCAGUGUGCAAAGAUGAAUGUUAGAGGAAUAGAGGAUUCAAACAUAGUCAUAACAUCAAAUUGUGUUCAUGCUAGGUGUUCGAAAAUAUUUGUAAGAGAUUGUUGGUGCUGUCCAGGACGAGUUCGCAAAUGUUGGAAAGACGAAGCUUCAUGUAAUGCUAUAUGUCCUCGUCCUCCUCAUCUUCCUCCAAAAUAAUGAUUAAUAAAUCUUAAUGUAUUAGAAAUUGUUGUUCACCUUGUGACUCAAAUUAAAGUAUUAAAUAAUAAAAAUUAAAUUGUUUUACCUA